AUGUGGACUGAUAUUCUCGUCCAUAUCAUCCAAGCCAACGCGCAUACCCUUCAAACAUUGCAGCUCGGCGAGAUUUCUGGUGAGGACUUUGACAAGCUGCUGUUUGCAAACGACAGCCAGGCCAUCUUCUACCCCGUACUGUGGAAGCUUGAACUCCAUGUUACGUCAAUGCCCAUGAUCGGCCGCCCAUCCCUUGCACAUGUACCAUUCCCAUCGCUGAUCCACUUUGACAACUCCCACAUCCACCCAUUCAACGACGACACAAUACUGCGUUGCAACCGAGCGAAUCUCGAGUUCCUCCGAAUGCCGCUCGAUCCGAUUCUGUUUGAGCAACUGGUGCGUGCCGAUGCUUUCAACCCGAAAACCUACAUGAGCCUCGUGCGAAUUGAGUUUGAAUAUGAGGGCGGGCCAUUUAUGCUGUAUAACGGUAUUGAUGGCUACAGCAUGGUUUCAAGUGCUUUUGAUAUGGCACAGAUAGCAUACUCUGUCAAGAUCAAGAUGGACAGCAUCCAGUCGUCGCCGAUUAUUUCACAACUGAGAUCAAGCAGCACGCUGCAGAAUCUAUACGCACCUGGACUGAACCUAAAUUUAUGUCAGCUCAACCAACUACUGCAACACUAUCCUAACCUCAGCUCGCUUGCCUGCACAUUCGUCGACGAAUUUGAGGGCAUCGCUGGCGACACGCCAAAUACCAGAUUCAUCCGCCUCAUGCGCAAGGACUGCACCAUCAAGACCAAGGUGCGCAGGCUGGAGAUGGCCAAUGUUGGAUACAACCGCGACGUCGGCGUACAAGCAACAUCGUUAUUCUACUCGCAUCGCUGA